GUCAUAAUACGUUGACGCAUUAAAGUUUACCUCUGGCAACUGAAACAGACGCAAUCUUUUAGGUUUUGCUGAUCUAGCUUUCAAAAUUCGAGGAGCAGCUAAAUCAUGUAUGUGCGGCUGGAAAUCAGUCAACAUUGCGAGUAAUAAGUUUUCUGGAUGUGCGAAAUAAGCAUUUCUUUGAAUAACUGGGUCAACAAUAUUUUUCAAAGUUGUCGGUAAAUAUCUGGUGAGCUCGAUGAGCUUAAACAAGUGUCGAGGUCCAUCUUUACAGCUAGGGUGCGUUUUUAUAGCAAACCAUACUAGAGCGUAAACUCUGACAAUGUAUGUUGCCAGGGUGAUGAGAUUUUCAGAAGGAGUUUCCACUGAAACAUACAAACGGAGAAUCCUGUUGGCACGAGUGAGUCAUCGGGCAUGGGACAUUUUGCCUGGUGAUUUGUUCGCUAAAUCGUUACGAAAGGUGCCUGUGGAAACUGCUCGAACUAUUUUGUACCAGUACUUCUGGUCUGUGCUAAUGUCUUCAGCGGAAAGUUCUGGUAAAUCCGCAGGAAUAGAUUGAAAAGGGACUAUAGGUCGUUUUUCACUUAUCAAGCUCUUUGCCAAUGCUUCCUGAAAAUGUCCGUGGUCCAGACGUAGUGCCAUCGAUGUGUUCAAACAAGUGUCUAAAUGGGAGUUCAUUCAUAUGCAAAAGGCAAAUAAUCAACUGCAAGGGUCGAUCCAGUCUUUUUUCUAAUAUCCGUAUAAUACCGCCGUACUUACCAAUUACGUUGGUGCCGUCACAUCCGAUUGCAACCAAACCAUUUAUCGAGAUAUCCUUAUUCAUGAAAAAGUAUAAAUAUUUCUUGUUCUAUACACUUAAGUCGAUGCAUGCAGAACUACACAUGCGAUAGCUGCUCCUGCCCUGUCUGACAAACCAAACCUAUCGCACGUUUUUGAAAGUAAAACAUAGUCGACUGCAGUUUUGAUGCUCGUACUCUCGGAAUUAAUACUUGAAGCUCGAGACUGAAUUUGGAUAGGUUCUUCGCAAUCCGACUGGGUGCAUUCCGAUCCAGAAGAGUUACUCAAAUAUUCCGUACAUACUUUGGUUACUUUUGGUUGGUUGCUUGCAUAUUUUUCUCGUAAUAGCUUUCUUUUUAGUGAACUUGUAAUCUGUUUAGUUGUACGAACGUCAAUGCCACCUAUCAUCAUUUGUCUAGCUGUUCGUUGAUCUGUUAUGAAGUUGUGUUCUCUUAAGGCGGGUACAGACUGCUGCAACGCAACAUGCAAUGCAACACGAAACGAGCAUUGCAUCAGUGUAGACGCGGGGCGCGCACAACGUGCGCACGAACCGCGCAUGUACCUACUCACAUCUGUUUCCGAGAUGCGCGCGAACGGAUCGCUCAGACUGCAAAAGAACACGCAAAGGAAUGGAUCGUGACGACCAAUUGCGGGCUCUGAUGAUAGUCAGUGCUUCAUUAUUAAUAGUGAAUCAUGUGAUAAAACGCAGAAGACAUCGACGUUGGUGGCGUACAGAGUUGUAUAGUCAGAGAGCUGGUGCAAAACCAAUGGCCGAUAUGAGAUUAACUGGACAAUUUCAAAAUUUCUUAAGGAUGAGUCCAACGACAUUUGAAGAUCUACUCAGAUUAGUCGGACCAAGAAUUUUUCGGAAUCGCACACAGUUAAGGGCUCCAAUUUCAAUCCAAGACAGACUGGCAAUAACACUUCGUUUUUUAGCUAGUGGUGACUCGUACACAAGUUUACAGUAUACCUUCAGAGUAUCAAAACAAGCCAUAAGUGGCAUUAUUACAGAAGUAUGCUCCGCCAUAAUUGAGGAAUUAAAAGAUUAUAUCAAGCUUCCAACGACAGAAGAAACUUGGUUGAACAUAAGCAAACAGUUUGAAGAGAAAUGGAAUUUUCCACACUGUUUAGGGGCACUGGACGGAAAACAUGUUGUGCUUGAGGCACCUAUCAAAAGUGGAACUGAAUUCUACAACUAUAAAAACUUCUUUAGCAUCGUUCUUUUUGCUUUGGUUGACGCCGAUUAUAAUUUUCUAUUUGUAGAUGUGGGAUGCCAAGGAAGGAUUUCAGAUGGUGGCAUCUUUAAAGAUACAAAACUCUGUGAAAUGAUAGAAGAUCGUACAAUAAACCUUCCAUCACCUGAUUCACUCCCACGGAGACAUAUUCCAAUACCAUAUUUCUUUGUGGGUGAUAGUGCCUUUGCUUUAAGUUAAAAUCUGAUGAAACCAUAUGCUGGGGCACAUCCAAAAGGCACUUCAAAGAGAGUAUUCAACUACAGGCUAAGCAGAGCCAGAAGAACUGUUGAAAAUGCAUUUGGUAUCAUAUCGUCUGUCUUUAGAGUUCUCAGAAAACCAAUGCUUUUACAGCCUGAUAAAGCUGAGCUAGUGGUUAUGGCAAUUGUCCUUUUACAUAAUUAUUUGAGACGUCACUCUAGAAAUACAUAUAUGAAUGACACUGAAGAUACGAAUGAAGACACACGUAGGCAAAAUAAUGAAGAUAUGAGAUCACUACUACCUAUGAGAAAUAUUCCUCAAAAUUUCCUUUGAUCUGUACACUUCAAUUAAUUGAAGCACUUUUUCUUCACUCCAUGUAAAUGUAACCGCCUCCUCCGCCGCAGUAGCGUCGUCUUGUUCCAUGUUCGCGCGCGUCUAGCCGUACACACCAGGGAUGUUGCAGAUGCCGAUAUUUUCACAUCCGCGGAUACGGAUGCGGAUGCGGAGUUUAGCAGGCUCAC